GUCAUCACGGUUCAAGAUGGCUGCGCCCACGUUAAUAUACCGAAGAGGGGGUGCCUUGAUUAUUCCUUUCUUUAUUUCGGCUCUAAAAAGACUACAUUGGGAAAAUGCUUUUAGACUGAAUCAACAAUUUAUUCCCUUCAAGGCUGUGUUCUUCCUCCUAUGGGCAGGAUUGGUGAGCCUUCUACCCUUUCUCCCUGUCUACAUGUCAUAUCUUGGUCUGAAUGCUAUUCAAGUUGGUGUCGUAAGAGGCAUCGAACCAUUCAUUGGGAUGUUUUCAUCUCCGCUGUGUGGAAGCUUGGCAGAUAAAUUCAGCAUGCAUCGGUUCAUCAUGGUUAGCAGUAUCAUAGCGACAGGGUUUGCGUAUGGGAGUGGUGUUUUUGUGUCACUUAUUGAUACAAAUCAUGUAAUGAAUUGGACAAAUAUUUCUCAUGUGCCACAGGAAGGAUAUAUUGGAGAGCUUGGAAAGAUAAAAGAAGAGCAACUAGAGAUGGAUACAUCCUUGAUUCAGAUAUGGAAGAGUUAUAACUGUGGCUGUUGUCAUCACUGCAUGUCAAGUAAUUGUAAAACUGAUGAAUUUUGGAAGAUUGGUAUUGAUUUAACUUCAAGAUCAGUUGCAGAAACAAAGUACAAAAGCCUCAACAAUGAGUUAAGUCGUUCAUUUGCAUGUUGCCUUUGUAGCUGUAGAUUAGAAAAUGAAACAUUCCAAGAAAUGAUAAAAGAAUGUGUCACAGACUACAAUAGACCUAAAGAUGAAUGUCAUGAGAUAUGCAGUGAUGCCAGUACGUUAUCAAAAAUGACAAAUCAUACUUCAAUAUCAAAUUUAUCUCAGUAUCACAGGAGAGAAAGAACUGAUACUCAAAGUCCAAAAUUGGGGGCUCCAAAUGAUAAGGACCUAAGACUUGCAUUCAUUCUGAUGCUGCUGAUUGUUAUCACUGGACAAUUUGUGAGCAACCCGUUUACUCCGUUUUUAGAUGCAGCUGCCAUGGCACUUGUGAAAAAAUGUAACGAUCAAGGACAAAAUGUAGAAUAUGGCCAUCAAAGACUAUGGGGUGGAAUAGCCUGGGGUGUCAUGGCUCCCCUGUCAGGGCUUGCUGUUGAUAAAUACUCCGCUGCCUAUCCAGAGUCUUUCAACAAGUACCUUCCAGCUUUCAUUUUCUUUUUUGUAUUUGUACUAUCGUCUGUCGUUCCUGCAUUAUUCAUCAGCUUUCUUCGACACCGCCCACCUGAGUCACUUGCAAGUAAUCUUGGCACCCUCAUCCGAAGACCCAAGGUUCUUGUUUUCCUCUAUGCUAUUUUCAUCACAGGAGUGUCUGUUGGUGUUAUCAAGACCUAUCUCUUCUUGUUCCUUGCUGAACUCUCUGGAAGCCACACCAUCAUGGGACUAACUCUGACCCUGACAAGUAUGGCAGAAGUUCCUUUCAUGUUCUUUGCUACUAAGCUUAUUGAAAGACUCGGACACCGUGGAGUCUUUGUUCUGACCCUCUUCUGUUUUACUUUGAGGUUUGUUGGCUACUCUUUCUUGCAGAAUCCAUGGCUUGUUUUACCCAUAGAACUCCUCCAUGGAGUCACCUAUGGCGCCCUUUGGCCAGCUUGUACCUCCUACAUCAACCUCAUCACUCCUGACAACAUGCUCACUUCAAUGCAGUCCAUCACAUUUGCAAUCAGACUGGGUCUCGGCAAUGGUAUUGGAGCAUUGCUGGGUGGAGUUAUCUACCACCAAUAUGGAGCUAGGAACCUAUUCAGAGGAACUGCCGUCUUAUGCAUGCUAACUCUGAUCUUCUAUUGGCCAAUGAGUGCUUACUUAGACAGACGGGAUGAAAGAACUAGACGAGAGUAUGCAGAAGCAAAUGAACAAAUAUGACAUUAAUGGAGUUCAAAGGUCACUGUGUAGCUGUUGUGAUGGGUUUAAAAGAUUAGAUGAUUGGUAGUAUAGCCAAGGGCAGGGCAAAGGGGCUGUUUAAUUGCCAAGACUUGGAAGGGAUUUAAACUCCAGUUACCUCCUGGGAAAUUUCUGCAGUAAAUGAAAACUUCACCAAAUACAAAGUGUGCUCAUGGGAGCAUGCUCCUGUAAAAUGAGAUCGCAUAAUACAUAAUAUUUGCUUACAUGUAGGCACUGAAGUAUUAGAAUUCAUAGUAAAUUGUUUCUUGUGUUCACGGUUAAAAAACACUUCUUCCCCCCCCCCCUUCACUCUCUCCUUUUCUCUCUUCAAGUCACUUUUUCGGGCUCCAUUUCUAUCCAAAGUUCUUAUGGACUACCAUCUACAUGGGUAUAUUUAUUGGUAGGUUGGGGGAAAUUGAGUAUCCUUAGACUAGCAAUAAAAAACUCAUUCAUAUUAGAGUUAAGAUUUAAUUAGCUUCAUGGUAAGUUAUAAUCCAAUAUGAUUAUCAUAAAAUUUGAGAAAUACAAUGUAGGCCUACUUUAAGCAGUGUCGUCUUUAAGUGCAGAUUUUCAAGGGAGUUUACUUCACCCAUGGUUUUCUUGUUGUACCGAAUUUGCUAGAACCAACAAGAUGUCGGUUGGACUUGGGUUUGCGUAUUUAACAAAUCAAUCUUGAGGACAAGAUAAUACUUUU